CGACAUCGUCCCAUUCUUUACACCGAAAUCGCAUAGUAGCAACUUGUCUUGUUUAAAUUUCAUGUUCUAAUUCGAGCUUCCUGAUGUGGCACGACACGUCCGUAUGUCCUAUCGCGGAAUUCAAUGGGUCAUCUGAGGGCGUCCCUAGACUGGGCUCGCAUUGGGACUAUUGCACUGCUUGUAUUCCUAUUCUCAGCCCACGUCUUCGCCUACGAGGAACUGACCGAUGACGCGCUUCGCAAUAUUCCCAGUGGUGUCAAAGACUUCGAUAUUAAGACCGGCUCAUUGCUAUCGCCAAUAUUGAUUCCCCGGGUGCCUGGAACACCGGGUUCUAUUGCCGUACAGCACCAUUUCGUCGAUUUCUUCUCUCAGCAGUUGCCAGAAUGGAGGAUCGAGUGGCAUAAUUCGACGUCUAAGACUCCAGCAACGGGUGAUACAGACAUACCCUUUACGAACCUCAUCAUCACACGUGAUCCGCCGUGGGCCCAAGCUGGCGAUGUUAGUCGACUGACGUUAGUUGCGCAUUAUGACAGCUUGUAUCAUCCGGAGGGGUUUAUUGGAGCUACAGACAGCGCUGCUCCUUGCGCCGUGUUGAUGCAUGUAGCCCGCAGCAUCGACAAAGCUUUGACUAAGAAGUGGGAGGCUAUGGAAGCUUCGGGUGACGCUGGCUUAGGAAUGGAUGAUGAGAGGGGUGUUCAGAUUCUACUGCUAGACGGAGAAGAAGCUUGGGUUACUUGGACUGAUACGGAUUCACUCUACGGCUCAAGGGCACUGGCUGAGAGUUGGGAAUCUAAAGUACACCCAGCUCUUUCGACGUAUCGAACCCCUCUUGAUUCGAUCAGUCUCUUCGUGCUCUUAGACCUUCUUGGAGCACCUAACCCACAUGUUCCCUCGUACUUUUUACCCACGCACUGGGCAUAUCGCAACAUGGCCAAGAUAGAAGAAAGGAUGCGGAAGCUGGGCCUUCUGAAUUCGGACUCGAAUAAGUUAUUCCUCCCGGAUUCUGAAAAGCAGGCAUCGCAAUUCUCUAGAGCAUAUGUCUUGGAUGAUCAUGUGCCUUUCUUGAUACGAGGGGUCAAUGUGCUUCAUGUUAUCCCUUCACCUUUCCCGGAUACUUGGCAUACUAUGGAAGACGAUGGCGAACAUUUGGAUGUACCAACCCUGGGUGAUUGGGCCAAGAUUGUUACAGCGUUUGCUGCAGAGUGGAUGGAGUUGGAUGCAUUCUUGAGUAAACCGCUCUCGUCGAAAGAGGAGGGGGCGGUCAGAGACAGGUCAGAGUUAUGAAGCAAGCUGGUUGAAGUGUACUAUAGCAUUUGGGAGUUGAACUUUCAAUAUGAACAGCUUAGAUACCCACUACCUAGCAUUGGAUGAAUGUUAACCUUUCAUCAUGGGUUCAUGUUCUUUCCUAAGACCAUACCGUAUAAAAAAGUGAUAUAACCUUGCAAAAGACAAUAAGGAAUCGUAUUUCAUUAAAUAAACCUUCGUGAUCGUAAAAAAGGUUAAGCAAC